AUGGGCGCUUCUCAAAGUGAUCACGCAUCUCACAGUAAAAGCGACCUUGUCGCCAAAAUCAAGGAGAGACUGAAGACCGUCGAUCCUAAAACCGCAAAAGAACUUGGAGGAGUCUUCCUGUUCAACAUCAUUAAGGGAACAUCUGUGUAUUCUUGGACAUUAGAUCUUAACCAAGUUAUUGUAUACGAGGGGGAGCCGGAAGAAGAUCCGGACACCACGUUCACUUUAAACGAGCAUUAUUUCAAACAACUUGUCUGUGGCAAAGAAGACCCUCGUGUGAUCAUGCAGGCUGGCAGGUGUUCAGUUACUGGCGAUAUCAUGAGAGCAAUGAAACUAGAACCUUAUAUAAAAUUAGAA